AUGAUUUGGAUAAAAUCGACCAAAACUUUUCUUAUUCAUACAAUUGUAAGAAAUAGAAUGCUUAAAAAUAUAUCAAAUUUUAAUAGAAAAAUUGGGUUUUCAAAUAAAAACUAUAAUGCUUCUAAAAAUCAAAACAUUUUAAAUAAAAUAAAUUUAAGCUUUCUAUCACUUAUCUUAUUAUUAUCUAGUAUCAUUCAAAUUGUAAAUUGUCAUGUUGUUGAUGGGAUUUCAAAAAAUGAUAUAAAGCUAUUGGAACAACAACAAUUUGUCGUGAAAUCUGAAAGUACAACCUUUGAAAUGAUCGCUAAAAAAAUAAGUGAAAAGUGGAAACACUUCAAUAUGAAGCAUGCAAUACCAACAGAAUUACAUGAAUAUAAAAAUGAUCUUACAAUAUUAUUAAAACAAUUAGAUGAGGCUAUUGAAAAGAGUGAUAAAAUUAAAUUAAAUAAAUUUGCCCCAGUCUCUUCUAUUUUACCAAAUAUGAAAUCUGGAUAUAUGAAAAAAAGAAUAGAAAUACUUAGAAAUCAAGCAACCAGUCCAAUAGUUAUUGGAAAUAAAAUUGAUAUUUAUGAAAGUUCUGGAGAACAAUAUGAAAAUGAAGAAUUAUUGCCAUUAAAUACUUAUCAAGAAAUAGAUGGAAAUGAUAAUAAAAUAUCAUCAGAAUCAGAAUAUGACACAACAUUCUAUGAUAAUAACGUUAAUUAUGAUGGAUAUAUUUUAGAUAAUUUAAAAAAAGAUAUGACUACUACCAAAAAAAUGUUUAAUGAUAAGGAGAUGAAUGAUAUAAAAAUGACAACAAAAUCUAUAAAAAUGUCAAUUUCAAAAGAAACUGAUAAUAAUAAGGUAGUUGAUGAGAAUGAGUCUCCUCAACCCUUACAACAUAGAUUGUCGGCAUCAAUUCCAUUAAGAAGUAACCAAUUUAUACCAACAGUUAAUCAUACAUCUAUUGAAUGUCAAAAACUUACUCAAACAGAAUUGAUAAAUGAAUUAAAACAAAAAGGAACAUAUAAUCCAGAUUUAAUGGCAUGGGAUGCAUCAGGUUUGUUAAGAUUUUUAGAUAGAACAAUAUCUGAUCAAUAUGAAUCAAGAAAACAAAGUAGUCAUAUGAAUAGUGAACAAACAGUUAAACGAAAUAUUGAAGCAUUAGAAAGAAUUUUAAUGGAAUUAGACUUAAAAUGUGAUAUUAGGCAACCUGAAGUUAUAGCUAAAUUAAAAAAUUUAUCGAUUCAUACACCAAGGAGAACAGUAUCAUCACCAUCAUUAAGAAUGGAUAAGGAAAAAAUUCGGUCAAAAAGGCGUGCUUUUGUAGAUGAUAAUUUUUUACAAUCAUUUAAUCAAACAAAUCAUAAUGAAAACUUUAAUUUAAACAUAAGUAAAGGACCAAAAAUAAUUGGUGAAGUAUAUAUAGUUCCAUUCGGCUGUGAUAAACGGGGUGAGGAAGAGGACGGUUAUUUACGGUUAUGUGGAGCAUGCCAAGGAAUAAGAAGGUUACCAGAAAAUUUUUUCCCUCCUUUUAUAAAUGAAGUGAUGUGUGAUGAAGAUAAAUCUUGCCUUUACUUUUAUGAUUUCGCUCAUGGUCGUUGUAAUCAAAAACAUAUGAAUUUUGUAGUGUUAAGAAAUGUUGGAACAAGUGAUUGUCAGAUAUGGGAAAAAUAUAAUUUAAAUGUUCGAGUCUCAUGUGAAUGCUUUGUAGAUGAAACAUCAUUCUUUGCAAAAUAUGUUUAA